CAGCUUUGACGUUUGCACUCAUCCCUUUUCCAGCUGUGAUCUCUUUCAACAAUUUCGCACAUUUUAAAGUAAAAAGAUAAUAAUUAUAUUAAUUUGGUAAAUUUAACAUCGAAAAUGUCUGAAAAUGAAAUUAAUGGCACUGAGGAGGAUGUUCAGGAUAAGAAGCAGAAGAAACAAACCCGUCACGAUGGCGGCGCAGCAGAUUUGGAACGUGUGACUGAUUAUGCGGAGGAGAAGGAAAUCUCGGCAGCGCACAUAUCGAGCGCCGUUGAGCAAAUAGGCAAUAAGCGGAGUAAAGAAGAUGAGCGGAAAUUUGCUAAAGAAAUGGAGCUCCAGAAAGUGCAUGUGAAAAAAGAGGACAUUGAACUGAUAAUGAAUGAAAUGUUAAUUACACGCACUCAAGCAGAGAAAGUGCUUCGCGAACAGAGUGGUGAUGUUGUUGCCGCCCUGGAGGCGAUUAUUGCCAAUUGAAUUUUGGAACGCCAAUCAUUAACUGAUAAACAACACGCAAGGGCUAUAAUUUCCAUACUUUUAAUCCAUAUUUUAUAAAAAAAUAAAACUAACUAAAUACUAAAAAGAGAAAA